ACUUGGUAUAACUGUUGCACCAUUCUCUAUUGAAUGGAGACAUACUGUAACUUGUUUAAUAACUCGCAAUACGAAGCUAUCGCGAGAUCUGUAAAAUGCGGUGAUUGCGGCAGGUGCAACUGAUAAGCAUGCACUCCCACGCAAAUGAUAGCGCUGCCGGAAACGUCGGUGGCAGCACCGAGGGCAAAAUACGAUGCAUCUUCCUGAGCGAAUUCCAUGCCACCGCGGGCUGCAAAAUCAGCUGCCAGGUGCCCGACAACUACAUCUCCAAAGAAGUCUUCGAUGCGAUCAAUGUGUACAUAAUUCCCAAGCAGCAUCUGCAACGUUGCAUUCUCACAGUGAAUGCGAUGGACGUGAAGAUCGUUGGGUAUCCAGUUGGCAUACAGGAUCAGCAGAAGUAUGCCCGCAAUGCGUUCCUCUUUAAUCUGUGCUUUGUCUGCGAUUCCCGUGCACGCUCCGUGCAGUAUGAGCCCGUGGUGAAGAAGCUGUCCGAGUAUCUCAUCAUGAUGGAGGAGGAGUCGUGCUUUCUAUCACGGGAGGAUGACAAGCUAAGGCUGCAGAACAUCUUUCAAACGGUGCUCCGGGAUCUGAAUGAGCGCAAAGUGGCCACCAUUGUUGAAGGCGACAACACGAUUUAUCUGAAAAUUGUUAUGCAUAAGCCGGAUCCGCCAUCGGUCAAAGACCAUAUGGUGCCAUUGUUGUUAGCCAAUCUUCGAGAUACGCCGCUCGAGAACUGGGAUUUAACCACACAACAAAUACUACCUUAUAUCAAUGGCAUUAAUCAUGUGGCUCGCAUAGCUGCCGAGGCGGAUGUGGAAACAGAUCUUGUCAAAUCCUGUAUACAGAACCUGGUUUACUAUGGAGUUGUGCAGCUUCUGCCCAUUUUGAAGUACAGCAAUGUCUAUAUGACACAGAACCUAAAGCACCUCAUACAAAGUGCUGCCUUGAGUAACGCCUGCCGCAAGUAUGUGGCCCUGCAUCCGGAUAAAUUGCUGCCGAGCGUGCAGAGGAUCUUCCAGUUCUAUGCAUCAAUGACUCAUGGCGUCACACUGCGUGCCAUAUGUCAGCGCCUGUGCCCGCAACACCAUAACAUCGAUGAGCGUAAGAUGGUUAUAUUCGGAUUGCAGCACAAGUUCAUACGCUGCAUACACAAAUAUCCGGUGUUUACGGGCUCAGUGCCGUCGGGCCGACAGAAGAUGUACACGGGUCUCAUCAGCUUCGACGAGAUUUGCUGUAAAACUGGACUCUCGCCGUGCACUAUCGAGAGGGAUAUUGAGAAGGAUACAAAUGUGACUGUGAUUUGGAAAUAGUUAUCAUCUUCAUUUCCUUGAUUUACAAUUUUCUUUUGUCAACAUCGUUUAUGUGUAGUGAUUGUUUCUAUUAUUUAAAAAAAUGUUGUACAAUAUUGAACUGAAGUAUCUGCCUCAAGCUGAAGAUUAAAUAUACAUGCAGAUUUGUUAUAGAAAAA